AUGGAUGGCGAAGAGGUGGGCUCUUACCCAGUCUUGAUUGGCGUGUCCCCAGACACAGACCCAGACCCAGAUAUGGCGUCUUUCCAACACGUGGAAUCAGUCGACACUGCUGAAGAUUGUGUUGAGGCAACGAACGAAUCCCAGGAGCCAGGCAAUUCCAAUCACCAGCCAUACGCCACAGCUCCUGUGGUAGCUCCAUACCCACGGCAACAAAGCCGCCAUGAUAGCUGCUCUCACAGUACUGCAAUCCGUCAGUGGAGGAUCGAUCAACACGAAACCUGCAACACUUGUGGCAGAAGACCCUUCCUGAGAUGGUUCUACCUCUGCACUGAGGACACAACCGACUAUUCAGCGUCAACAGACCGUAACGGUUCCCUGCUGAGCGAAUGGAUAACGGACGCAAUUCUCGAGGGCGAAUACACCGACGAGCAGAGAGACAAAUUGUGGCAACAGAAGCUGGAGGUUUUGGAGUUGUGCGAGAUGGAAAGGACUCUAUCUAUGUCUGGAAGCUGUUACGACCCCAGCCACGGAGCUGAACAGCAGUACGAGUUUCAUCAGUUCGAAACACACCAAAGCCGACUUAGCGCGGAUGUGCACUCUCGUCCUGGUCGUUGCCAGUACAGGGCUUGUCACCACUGCGACCGCAAGCUGCAGGAACGAACCUGGGUUAGCCUCAAUGCCGUGUGUAACGAUCCAGAUACCACACCCCCAAGCGUCUGGGAUUUGUGGGAGACACCUGUGUCAGACGUGAAGGUCGUCAAGAACCUCGGGUUACGUCCUCCUUGCCCUCCCGCUCCACCACCUCAUUUCUCGCAGUGCUCAUAUCGCGCUUUCCACCGUCGGCGAGUGAGAAGCAUUUCGCAUCUUGCGGGAUACGAGUCUUCCCUCAAUAUGGGCGCUAUGAGCAACUUGUCAACGAUCGAAGAAAUAACUGAGGAAUUCGACAUCUGA